AUGAGCACCGAGUCCCCACACAGACUACUGAAACUGGCAAUUCAGAGCUUGCUGAGGGACGAGGCCUUGGCCAUGGAGGCCAUGGAACACCUGCCAGGGGAGCUCUUCCCGCCAGUGUUCACGGAGGCCUUUACCAGGGGACACGCUGAGGUCGUGAAGGUGAUGGUGCAGGCCUGGCCAUUCCCCUACCUCCCUCUGAGGAGCCUGAUGGAUUUGAGGACACCAAAUCCUGAAUACAUGCAGUUUGGGGACAGAAACAAAAAAAAAAUUCUGCAGACCUUCGAAGCAUUAUUGGAUGGACUUGAUAUAUGCUUGUCCCAGAAGGUUCACCACCGCAGGUGGAAACUGCAGGUGCUGGACUGGAGGGAUGGACACCGGGACUUCUGGACUGCAGGGCCCAGAGCCAUGAAUGCUGCUCCCUUAGCAGAUUCCUGGAAUAAGGAAACAGGCAAGCUUGGUCUGACUGACAAGAAACCAACCUUGACAAUAUUUGCAAACCUUUGUUUCGAACCUUACAGUUCCUUUAAUGACACACAUGACAAAUUACAACUCUGCCUCUUGAACUGGGUCAGGAAAAGAAAAGCUUCAGUGCACCUGUACUCUGAGAAAGUGAUGAUCAGUUCCAGUGCUGUCUUUAAAAUCCUGAAGCUUCUCCAAGCUGUGCACCUGGACUCUAUCCGUGAGCUGGAGGUGUUUAGUGAGUGGAGCCGGAAAGGCAUGAAAGCAUUUGUUCCUCAGCUGAAGAAGAUGAAAAACCUUCACACAUUUCGCUUUAGCAGCCUGAGUCCAAAUGUGUUUACUGCACCUGGGACAAACAAGUUGUAUUCCCUCAUGUACGCCUUUCACCUAGGACAGCUGCAAAAUCUCCGGGAGUUUCAUAUGGACGAUGUCUUUUUCUUGCACGGAUCUCUGCAUAAGAUCUUCAGGAGCCAGACCCCCUUGGAGGCCCUCUCCUUGUGUUCAAGUCCACUGAAGGAAUCUGACCUGAAGCACCUGUCCCAAUGUGCAAGCACAAGCCAGCUCAAGUCUCUGAUCCUGAGGAACAUUUCAAUGAAAUCAUUCAAUCCUGGGACCCUCCAGGCUCUGAUACACAAACUGGCCAGCACCCUGGAGACCCUGGCCCUCGAGCACUGUGACAUCACGGACUCUCACCUCCUUGCCAUCCUGCCCGCCCUGAGCUGCUGUUCCCGCCUCAAGACUUUCAGUUACUGUGGGAACCACAUUUCCCUUGACGUCCUUCUGGUCCUUCUGCGUCUAACCGCUGGACUGAGCCAGUUGUCCAAGGGGCUGUAUCCUGCCCCUGUGGAGAGCUAUGAGUGCAACACCCCAACAACAUUUGUGCACCCUGAGCAAUUUGCCCAGGUCUGUGCUGAGCUGGCACAGGUCCUGCAGGACAUAAGACCAUCUCUUAGAAUCCAGAUCUGUACCUACUGUUAUUCCUGCAUGAUGCACAAAUUUUAUAGUCUAGAGCAUGGUGGGAACUGGGAAGUCACAGAGGAGGAUAACUAUCUACGUUGCAGUAGAUGCUAA